GAAACCAUUAAUUCUCUUUGGCUUUAAUUAACGGAAACAACUUUAUUGGAAGAACUCUUAGAAAAUCACAACAUAAAUAAAAAAAGCACUUCUAAGCAAUCUUACACAAUAUAUAAAUCUUUGAAGAGUGAUCGAGCUAAUCAUAUAUCUACUGCUUCCGGAUGACAUGGCAAAAAUGUUGCUAGUUUUUUUACUGUCUCACAUGGUCCUUAGCCAGACCCGUGAAAUUUUUGUAGACGAUGAAGUACCUAUAUUCAAGGUUGAUGGCCACGACAAAGUCGAAAUUGCUGAAGACGCUAAAGAAGAAAUUGAACACGCUCCUUGUCACAUGGAAUAUCAGGUCAUGAAACGGGUUGUCGGUACAUGCAUCAAGUUAGGGAAAACGGCAAUGGGUUGUGUGGCAGGGAAUUAUUUACAUCCGCUACAUCCUGAAUGUAUGGCGAGUUAACUUCGAAGAUAAGCAUGGAUGGAAAAUAUGGAUUUUAUAUUUUUAUUUUUCGACUGUUAUUUUUUGCACAUGAGCACCGCGUUUUGUAAAUAAACAUUUCCAUGUCUGUCAUGCGUUAUUUGUUGUUUGUUUAUAGAAUAGCUUCCUUUUCAUAUCGCCAUAGUUUCGGUUGUCAAAGAUAAUAUUGUUUGUUGAGGCCGUGCAUUAUAAAAUGUAUUUUCUUCGUCAUUACAUUUCAGCAUAAUCACAAAAAAAUCCCGCUGAGUAAACACAUCAUUAUUUUUCUACCCAAAACCACUUAAUAUUUACAGCAUCGGUGUUGCCGCUUCUAUUGAAAAUUUGCUACAACUCAAAAUUCUCAAUUAGGACUUCGGAUAGCAUUUUUUUUAUAAAAUAAAAAAUAAACUC